AUGGGUCUCACUACAUUCAUCCAAGGUGGCGAAUACGAAACUGCCUCAUCAGAGGUGAUGAACUCAGAUAUUCAGACUGAACUUUCUGCAACAUUGGUUGCGAAGCACCUUGUAUACCAAGCCGUUCUGGGAUAUGGAAAGGUCUGCGAUAAACGGGGCCGACCUUCCUCGCCCGAGCAGGCAAAAAAAUUGCUGUUGGUCUUUACCAAUGCCAUUCUUGAGGACAUGGUCACACGUGGUGUGAAGGUUGAUGAUCAGGAAGCGGCGAAAAGUGAGACCGACAAAAUGGCAGAACAGGUACUUAAGGACUCUGACGAGUUUCAAUAA